AUGGCCCCGGAGAACCCGCUGCGAAUCGCAGACUCGUCAGACACCGACGCCGGCAACGAACCGCAACACGAAGUCCAGCCUAAGCGCGGCCUCAUCGACUGGCUCCGAGACGAUGUCAACGUCCGCUACACUGAUGUCCCCGUCCUCGCUUGCUGUUUGGUUUCCGGGUUGUGUGACAGUGUGGCUGUGAACGCCGCCGGCGUCUUCGUCAGUAUGCAAACUGGUAACACGAUCUUCAUGGCUCUUGGCGCUUCUCGUCUCCCGGCCGGCGAGCCCUUGCUCUGGCUCAAGUCACUCAGCUCAAUUGCGGCUUUCUGGCUUGGCUGCUUCUUCUUUUCCAAAUCGAGACACAUCCAUCCCAAGCGCCGGAGCACCCUCGCCCUGUCCUUCGCCUUGCAAGCAUCUCUCGUGUUCGUGGCCGCCGCUUUCGCCCAGACUCGUGUCGUUGCCGAUUUCGGCAUGUCUUCCGUCGAGGCCGGCGGAGACCACGAGUUCAAGACCUCUGAGGAUCCUCUUGUCAUGGUACCCCUCGCUCUUCUGGCCUUCCAAUUUGGUGGGCAAAUUGUCACCAGCAGAAUCCUGGGCUUCAACGAGGUCCCCACCAACGUCCUAACGAGUGUCUACUGCGAUCUGCUGUCCGACCCGAAGCUGUUCGCGCCCCUCAAGGAGAAUCCCAAGAGGAACAGGAGGUUUUUGGCCGUUGUCUUGCUGGUUCUUGGAGGCAUCAUCGGUGGCUGGUUGCAAAGAAGUCGUGCAGGUAUGCCUGGUGCUUUGUGGAUUUCAGGUGCCGUCAAGUUCUUCAUCGCCCUUGCUUGGAUGGCUUGGGACAGGAAGCAGCCGGAGGAGAGCAAGUUGGAGAAGGGUGCUGCGAAGAACUGA